UUCACCUAAUAUUAUCCAUACAGAUUGUUUGCCAGGCGGUGGACCUCACCAUGAUGGGCAAUGCGUUUGAUGAUCAGUACAUUGGCUGUGCGCGGCAGAUGGAGCGGGAAAUGGCGAAGGUCCUGGAGCAGGAGAAGACAUACAAGCCAUUGGCGGUCAUGUGGUAUCUGGCGGAGCAGAGGUGGGCGAUAAUCAAGCAAUAUAACAUCUUUCCUCCGGGCUUCAAGGACGAGUAUGGAAUAUCGAUGGUCCUGUACACCAGGGAGAGCCCCUUCCCCAUCUACCAGCAGCUGAACCGCAACGUGUCCAUCGCCGGCCGAUCACGCCAGCACUAUAUGGACAGGUUCCAUUUCAAGGCUCUCCAUUUCUACCUCACCAGGGCGCUGCAGGUGCUGGGCAGUGGCGGCUGUGACACCGGCUCGCAGACUUAUCGCGGAUCUUGGAUGAAGUACAAGAACGUGUCGCCUGACCUGCGCUUCGGCCAAUUCGCCUCUACGUCCCUAAGCCGAAAAACCGCCCAGAGGUUUGGCGUUAACACCAUGUUCACCAUAUUCACCUGUUUCGGGGCGAACGUGGAAGUCUUCUCGGACUUUAAGGAGGAGGAAGUUCUAAUUCCCGUGGCGGAGAAGUUUCACGCCAUAAAAACGUCAGAAACGUCGUUUGUCCUGAGGAGCAGCGGACAGCAGUGCAGCUACUACAACUGCGCCUACCUAGGAGGAGAAAAAAGAAAAGAGAAAUUAUUUAGCUCAGCUCCGGGAGGACAUGUGAUCUGUGACCACAGAAUUUGGCUAAUCCUUCCUGCAAUGACUCUAAUCCUGAACAUCCUAUUCGUCAAUACCUCCUGA